CCCCACCUACCAUCAACCAAUCAUGCCAACGCGGAGCUUUACAGGCAUGAACAGAGCCCUUUACAUUGUUACAACAUUUAGGAGGAGCACAGAGAUGUGGUGUGGAGCUUGAUAUUGAAACCUCCCGAGGCUUCGCAAUUAUGCCACACCCUCCGGAAUCGCAUUGCCAGUUCAAUCAUAAAUUGGCUUUCAUUAUUCUUGUUGGCGGAACUGAGGUGUUGCAAUGUAGAUGUGAAUCAGGAAAUGACAUAGCCAGGUCUUCCAUGUUUACGCAGAUGUAUGUUUCGCUAGUUUCUUCGAGGAGCUGUGCAGAGUGAAAAUGCAAAGGACUUGACUUCUGUAAAGUUAUAACUCACCGGCAUUGAUAUAUCCGAAGUUAGCGUCAUAUGCAUGGCAAAGCUUAAGAACCUUGUUCGGUAAUUCAAAUUAAGACUCGUUUUAGCUGGCGACAUAUCGUUGCUACUAGCUGGCUAACGUUACCUAGCUAGCUUUCCCCACAACAAGGAGGCGGCAGAAGUAGCUAAUGCAUGUUGGCUAGCAAGCCUCUGAUCCGUUUUUAGUAUAUUUUGGUGGACCUAUAUUGUGAGUGAGUGACAAUAAGAGCUAGUCGUUUUUUGCCGUUGGAAGCAAGUCAUGGCUGAAUCCCAGAAAGCAGGCCAGUCAGAGCAUACAGGUGAGCCAAACAAGGAGAUGGAGCAGCCAGCUCAGUCUGGAGCAUCAGUGGAUUCUAUGGGCCCAGGAGCAUCACGCAACAAUGCACCAACAGCCUCGGCAGAUGGAAACAGUGGGGAUGAUGCUACCAAUGCAGUCAGUGCAAGUACCUCAACUAUAGACGGGGCAGGGGAUGCUGGUAAUACAGAAACUGUGAAGGAAUCCUUUGUAGAGAAUUCAAAGACAGUGGAAGAAAUGAUAACCGAUGCCUUGCUGACUGUGGGAGAAAUGGUCAGUGAAGAGGAUUCACAGAGAGGAAGAGAAACAUACAGUGUAGAUGGUUCACAGACGGAAAGAGAAACAGCCAGUGUAGAUGGUUCACAGACGGAAAGAGAAACAGCCAGUGUAGAUGGUUCACAGGCGGAAAGAGAACCAGCCAGUGUAGAUGGUUCACAGACGGAAAGAGAACCAGCCAGUGUAGAUGGUUCACAGGCGGAAAGAGAACCAGCCAGUGUAGAUGGUUCACAGGCGGAAAGAGAACCAGCCAGUGUAGAUGCUUCACAGACGGAAGGAGAAACAGACCGUGUGGAUGCUUCACAGACGGUAGGAGAAACGCCCAGUGUGGAUGCUUCACAGAUGGAAGGAGAGACGGCCAGUGUGGAUCCUUCACGGGUGGAAGGAGAAACGGCCAGCGUGGAUGCUUCACGGACGGAAAGAGAAAUGUCCAGCGUGGAUGCUUCACAGACGGAAAGAGAAACGGCCAGCGUGGAUGCUUCACAGACGGAAAGAGAAACGGCCAGCGUGGAUGCUUCACAGACGGAAAGAGAAACGGCCAGCGUGAAUGCUUCACAGACGGAAAGAGAAACUUCCAUCGUGGAUGCUUCACAGACGGAAAGAGAAGCGGCCAGCGUGGAUGCUUCACAGACGGAAAGAGAAGCGGCCAGCGUGGAUGCUUCACAGACGGAAAGAGAAGCGGCCAGCGUGGAUGCUUCACAGACGGAAAGAGAAGCGGCCAGCGUGGAUGCUUCACAGACGGAAAGACGGCCAGCGUGGAGAAGACGGAAAGCCAGCGUGGAUGCUUCACAGACGGAAAGAGAAACGGCCAGCGUGGAUGCUUCACAGACGGAAAGAGAAACGGCCAGCGUGGAUGCUUCACAGACGGAAAGAGAAACGGCCAGCGUGGAUGCUUCACAGACGGAAAGAGAAACAGCCAGCGUGGAUGCUUCACAGACGGAAAGAGAAGCUGCCAGCGUGGAUGCUUCACAGACGGAAAGAGAAGCGGCCAGCGUGGAUGCUUCACAGACGGAAAGAGAAGCUGCCAGCGUGGAUGCUUCACAGACGGAAAGAGAAACGGCCAGCGUGGAUGCUUCAGACAGAAACGGCCAGCGUGGAAGAGAAACGGCCAGCGUGGAUGCUUCACAGACGGAAAGAGAAACGGCCAGCGUGGAUGCUUCACAUACGGAAAGAGAAACGGCCAGCGUGGAUGCUUCACAUACGGAAAGAGAAACGGCCAGCGUGGAUGCUUCACAGACUGAAACAGCAAACUAA